AUGUCAUCCUACUCUCUCUAUCUCUGUCCUACCGAAAAGUCGUUGGCCUCUGCCAGAGAAGCAGUUCCUGCAGUCGAAGUGCAUUUGGAUGCAGUCGAGCAAAAGGGAGACUGGGGAAGCAAAAUCCAUAUCACCCUAUCCAGCUUUGCCGGCUCAACCAUGCAGGACACCAAACCAAAACACCGAUCUAACAAGAUGCACCCAGGCAAUAUCACAAAAGUUGUGAAUGACAUUUGGGAUGCAAAAAUAUCUGAGGGCAAACCGUUUCAUAUUUCCGAAGACAAAUGGGACCGUGGGAAGAAGAACAAGUGGGGAAACCUGUUCAAAUUUUCCGUCUCCAAAGAGUGCAAAACCCUCGAAAAUAUACUGAAACACGUGAACAAGGAAGAGCUAUUGCAGGGUGAAGAUGGGGAAGAAUCCUUGCAACUUGUCCUACUCAAUCCGAAGGAGACGGUGAACCAGUUACACGUAUCGUUUCUGACGUCGUCUGAACCGGAAAACGAUGCCGAUGACAUCAGGAAGUUUCUCUCGCUGUUGAAUUGGUUUGUUUGUAUCGCUGAGCUUCCGGAAGAUAGAGAAGAUGGAAGCGACCUACAAAUUCUGAGCAUACCGCAAGCAAAAAUAGGAGACUAG